AAAUGAGACAUGAAGAAGAGGUAAUGUGACUCACACAACUUUGUACUUCAAAUGAAUGGAAACACUAGAACUAGAAUACAGGUCUCCUAAUUUCCAGAGCAUCAUUUUCAAACUGCGCCAUUUACACAUCGAGGUUUCCAAAUAACUGUGAACUAUGGCCCAACUGUACUACAAAAAGGUCAACUACUCACCAUACAGAGACCGCAUCCCCCUACAAAUUGUGAGGGCUGAAACAGAGCUCUCUGUGGAGGAGAAGGCCUUCCUCAAUGCAGUGGAAAAGGGGGACUAUGCCACUGUGAAACAGGCCCUUCAGGAGGCCGAGAUAUAUUAUAAUGUCAACAUCAAUUGUAUGGAUCCUUUGGGCCGUAGUGCCCUACUCAUUGCCAUUGAGAAUGAGAACUUGGAGAUUAUGGAGCUACUGCUGAACCACAGUGUGUAUGUAGGUGAUGCUUUGCUUUAUGCCAUUCGCAAAGAAGUGGUGGGUGCUGUGGAGUUGCUGCUCAGCUACAGGCGGCCCAGUGGAGAAAGGCAGGUUCCCACUCUGAUGAUGGACACACAAUUCUCUGAGUUCACACCAGACAUCACCCCCAUCAUGCUGGCUGCCCACACCAACAACUAUGAAAUCAUCAAAUUGCUUGUUCAAAAACGGGUCACUAUCCCAAGACCCCAUCAAAUCCGCUGUAAUUGUGUGGAAUGUGUGUCCAGUUCAGAGGUAGACAGCCUGCGUCACUCCCGUUCCCGGCUGAACAUCUAUAAAGCUCUGGCAAGCCCCUCACUCAUUGCCUUAUCAAGUGAGGACCCCAUUCUUACUGCCUUCCGCCUGGGCUGGGAGCUCAAGGAGCUAAGCAAGGUGGAGAAUGAGUUCAAGGCUGAGUAUGAGGAACUCUCACAACAGUGUAAACUCUUUGCUAAAGAUCUGUUGGACCAAGCUCGGAGUUCCCGGGAACUAGAAAUCAUCCUCAAUCAUCGAGAUGACCACAGUGAAGAGCUUGAUCCUCAAAAGUACCAUGACCUGGCCAAGUUGAAGGUGGCAAUCAAAUAUCACCAGAAAGAGUUUGUUGCUCAACCCAAUUGCCAACAGCUACUUGCUACUUUGUGGUAUGAUGGCUUCCCUGGAUGGCGACGGAAACACUGGGUAGUCAAGCUUCUGACCUGUAUGACCAUCGGGUUCCUGUUUCCAAUGCUAUCUAUAGCAUAUCUGAUCUCUCCCAGGAGCAACCUUGGGUUGUUCAUCAAGAAACCUUUUAUCAAGUUCAUCUGCCACACAGCCUCAUAUCUGACUUUCCUCUUCAUGCUUCUCCUGGCUUCACAGCACAUUGUCAGGACAGACCUCCAUGUGCAGGGUCCUCCCCCAACUGUUGUGGAAUGGAUGAUAUUGCCUUGGGUUCUUGGUUUCAUUUGGGGGGAAAUUAAGGAAAUGUGGGAUGGUGGCUUUACUGAAUAUAUUCAUGACUGGUGGAACCUGAUGGAUUUUGCAAUGAAUUCACUCUACCUGGCAACUAUUUCAUUGAAGAUUGUGGCCUAUGUCAAGUAUAAUGGCUCUCGUCCAAGAGAAGAAUGGGAAAUGUGGCACCCAACUCUGAUUGCAGAAGCACUCUUUGCCAUAUCCAACAUUUUAAGUUCCUUGCGUCUCAUAUCCCUGUUCACAGCCAACUCCCACUUGGGGCCUCUGCAAAUCUCUUUGGGACGCAUGCUGCUUGAUAUCCUGAAAUUUCUCUUUAUCUACUGCCUGGUACUGCUGGCAUUUGCCAAUGGAUUGAACCAACUUUACUUUUAUUAUGAGACCAGAGCGAUUGAUGAGCCUAACAACUGCAAGGGGAUCCGAUGUGAGAAACAGAAUAAUGCCUUCUCCACGCUCUUUGAAACACUUCAGUCACUCUUUUGGUCUGUAUUUGGUCUCUUAAAUCUCUAUGUCACCAAUGUGAAAGCCAGACAUGAGUUCACAGAGUUUGUAGGAGCUACUAUGUUUGGGACAUACAAUGUCAUCUCCCUGGUAGUGCUGCUUAAUAUGCUGAUCGCUAUGAUGAACAACUCCUACCAGCUUAUUGCCGAUCAUGCAGAUAUUGAAUGGAAAUUUGCAAGAACAAAGCUCUGGAUGAGUUACUUUGAUGAAGGUGGCACCUUGCCACCACCUUUCAACAUUAUCCCUAGCCCCAAGUCAUUUCUAUACCUUGGUAACUGGUUCAAUAACACCUUUUGCCCUAAAAGAGACCCUGAUGGUAGACGGAGAAGACACAACUUAAGAAGUUUCACAGAACGCCAUGCUGACAGCCUAAUUCAGAAUCAACAUUACCAGGAAGUUAUAAGGAAUUUAGUCAAAAGAUAUGUGGCUGCAAUGAUAAGAAAUUCCAAAACAAAUGAGGGACUAACAGAAGAAAAUUUCAAGGAAUUAAAGCAGGACAUCUCUAGCUUCCGAUAUGAAGUGCUUGACCUCUUAGGAAAUCGGAAACACCCAAGGAGAAGUUUUUCCACUGGCAGUGCUGAAUUCUCUCAGAGGAAUGAUACGAGUGAUAGUGGUGGGGCUCGGGCCAAAUCCAAGAGUGUCUCUUUCAAUUUAGGCUGCAAGAAAAAGGCCUGUCAUGGGCCACCUCUCAUCAGAACCAUGCCAAGAGCCAGUAGCACCCAAGGGAAACCAAAAUCUGAGUCAUCAAGCAAACGCUCCUUCAUGGGGCCUUCUCUCAAGAAAUUGGGUCUCCUAUUCUCCAAGUUUAAUGGUCACAUGUCUGAGCCCAGUUCAGAGCCAAUGUACACAAUUUCUGAUGGAAUUGUUCAGCAGCACUAUAUGUGGCAGGACAUUAGAUAUUCUCAGAUGGAGAAAGGGAAAGCAGAGUCCUGUUCUCAAAGUGAAAUUAACCUCAGUGAGGUAGAAUUAGGUGAAGUCCGGGGCGCUGCUCAGAGCAGUGAAUGCCCUUUGGCCUGUUCCAGCUCUCUUCACUGUGCAUCCAGCAUCUGCUCUUCAAAUUCUAAACUUUUAGACUCCUCAGAGGAUGUAUUUGAAACUUGGGGAGAGGCUUGUGACCUACUCAUGCACAAAUGGGGUGAUGGACAGGAAGAACAAGUUACAACACGUCUUUAAGUUCCUUUCACAAGUUCUGGAACUCAGCAGAAAAUUUGUAAUUUCUUUGCACUCAGAAGUGAGAGCAAGAGAUGACAUAGAA